AUGGCUGCAGUACCACAAUUCCCUCGUAUCAUUGAACAACUAGGGCUAAAAGACGUUUAUCCUAAAAAACUAACUCGUGAGAAAGCACUUGAAGUUUCGGAUGACAUUGCAACUGAUGGUCCCAAGAAUGCUGGCGAUAUUCCUUGGUUUAUUUUACGAAAUCUGCUGUUGUGUAACUAUGAAGGUAGGUGUUUUGAUGUAAGCCAAGGUUUAUCAUUUGAGAAACUGGGACUCUCGUUUUCGUUUGAUGAAUGUCAUGAAGCAAGUUAUGAUGAUGACAGAAAUCAAAUAAGUCCCUCUGACGCACUGGUAGCUCUUUUUUGGUGCUGCGACGAUUUCUUGAGACAAGUUUUAAUAGAAAAAAUGUCCAUCUGUCAACUGGCUAUUCCAUUGUUUUUGCCAUGUAUUGACACCAACUCACAUGGAAUUGAAGUACUUAUAUGGGCGAUGAGUUCGCUGAGAAAGCAAUGGAAAACAAGUUCAGGAUCCUGCGAUGGAUUAAUUUCUAUGUGUCGUUUGCCGAUUAUGUCUGUUAUUCGCUUAGGAAGACCUAAGAUAUCAAAAUCCAAAAUACUUAACCAUAUUAUUAGUGAUCUAAAACAUAAUAUUUUCUUCAACACUGAAUGUGAUGGUGGUACUUUGGAAAGAAGCUUUUCUGAUGGUUUACUGGAGAUUACAUGGUACCUUCCAAAUGGAAAGAAUCAAGAUGUUUUUCCUGAGGCGCUCACGUUUUUAAAUUUGAGAGGCAAUGCAUCUCAUCUUAGUGGACAAACAGAUUUCUUAUCCAAAAUAUCCCUUGCAACCAUUGCAUUCGUAUCUUCUAAUGAAAUAAAAGAAGAAGAUAUUAUAUUACUUGAAAAACUGUACAAGCAAAAUGGCCAUUUUAUCCUUGUAGCUGACGGAAAACCUGGGGAAAAAUUAAAAGAAGCAGUUAGUCCAUUGCAGCAACAAUAUUUGACGAUAACAAAUAAGGAAGUGAGGUUCAUUGGUUCUCAAAACAAAAAUGACUUUCAAAUUUGUAGGGAAAUUAGAGUAUUACUUAAUGGCAUUUGUAAAGAGGAACGUCAUAACAUUGUACCCAAUACGAGCAUUGAAAUGUGCAUUGACGUUGCAAAAAGAAUGUGUUUUGUAAUUGACGAAAACAAGCAGGAGUGUGUGGAUGCAAAAGAUAGAGCAAACAAAAUGUUCAAUAAUUUAAAAACUUUUUGGAAAGGAAAACGUCUACCUUUGCAAGAAAUUUCAAUAAAAAUAGGUGCGAUGGAAAAAGAAAAAUAUCAAAGGAGACGGGAGGGAGACAUGAAAUCAGAAGAAUACUCAGACAAGUUACAAUCAGAUAUAAUGUCGUUGCGAGAAGGGCAAAAAAAAAUCUGGGACGAAUAUCCAGAAUUACUUGAUCAAUUCAGCAGUUCUUACAAGUUACCAGUGCCAGAGAGGAAAUAUUUCUUUAAUUACGUUAAGACAAUAGGAGUCAGAGAGAGCAUUAACGAACUGCAGAAAAAGCGUAAGGAAUACAACGAGAAAUGGACAAGCUUGUGUGAAGAUCUGAGAGACAGAUCAAACAGAGAAUCACAAGAUUUAAAAUUGAGGAGAAAUGAGCUUGAUAAUCUCGAAAGUAAAAUCAACCAUUUUUCAUUAAGCCUGGAUAACUUCACAACAGAGAUCGGACAAAUGUAUGAAAUGAGAUCAUAUUUUAGAAUAUUGGAUGAUUCAACUCAGCAGUUUCCAGUUGUGGCAGCGGAACUUUUACUUAAUGGAUAUCCUCUGCAAUUAAUGAAUAGUGACGCGUCUGAUGUUCCACUCACUUGGGUGGAAGCUGUCUUGACUUCCUUAAAAGAAAUAAUUGGUGAUAAACGUAUGUUUGUGUUGUCAGUUGUUGGCAUUCAAAGUAGCGGAAAGUCAACCAUGCUCAACGCAAUGUUUGGUUUGCAAUGUGCUGGAAGUUGUACUAAAGGUGUAUUUGCACAAUUGGUACCAGUGAAAAAGUCUUUACAAGAAAAACCUAAAUGUGACUACAUUCUGGUGGUUGACUCAGAAGGUUUACGUGCUCCGGAAUUAACAAACAUUGAACAUAGCAACCGCGACAACAAACUGGCAACUCUUGUGAUUGGUUUAGCUGAUGCUGCAAUCAUAAAUAUCAUGGGGGAAAAUACAACCGAAAUACAAGACAUUCUCCAGAUCGUUGUAUAUGCAUUCAUAAAAAUGACACAAGUAAAUAUCAAACCAAGUUGUAUAUUUGUACAUCAAAAUAUCAUCGAGUUUGCAGCACCCGAGAUGUUUACGACUCAAAAAAGAAAGAUAAAGAGAAUGUUAGAUGAGAUCACAAAAUGUGCUGCAGAAGAACAAAAUGUCAAAGGAAGAUUCCAAACGUUUAAUGACGUAAUUCAAUUCCAAGAAGACAAACAUACAAUGUUCAUCUCUAGUCUUUUACAAGGAGAUCCUCCAAUGGCUCCUCCUAACCCAAGUUACAGUGAAUGCAUUCUUAAGGUUAGGAAACAAAUCAUAACAAUUAUGCAAAAUUCCCAAGCUAAACCAAUUGAAGACGUCAAAUGUAGGAUAUCAGAUCUCUGGAAAGCAAUACGCUGUGAAGAUUUUGUAUUCAGUUUCAGGAAUACAAUUGACAUUCGGGCGUUUAAUGCUUUAGAAUCCAAACUUUUGGAGAAUUCUCGUAAAUUAAGAGUAAGUGCAAUGAUCUACAUGAACCAACUUAAAGUGGAAUGCAAGAAACUUGCAGCUAAUGAGAUAGAAGAAACUGGUCAAAUAAUACUUAACGAUCAGCUAGCUAACUUACAAAAAGAAGUCGAAACAUUUAAAAAAUGCAUGAAUGAGUACUUUCUUAAAGAAAAAAAGGCGUGUCAAUGGAAGGGUCGUACGAAAAUAAAAAUGACUAAGCUAUGUGAAGACAUCCGAAAAGAAAUGACUGAUGAAUUUGUGUUACUAAGAACCACAAUAAUUAGAAGAAAUGAAAUUGUUUCAAUUAUAAAACAUUAUGAGAAAGACAUUGUACAAAAGGCUAAGGACCUUGCGACUCACAUAUUUAGUGAUGGGAAAUUUUCAAACACAGAUCUGAAAAGGAAGUUUGAUGAUGAAUGGAAAAGAUGGGUUGAUGUUAAAUCACCUUUUAAAUUGGAGGACAUUGAUAUAGUCUUUUCUCUAAAACAAAUAAUUCAAUCAUCCUACUUGCGUUUCGAAAAAGAGCUAAACCAUAUGAUUUCCAGUGAAUCACAUAUAUCUAGUAGGUCAGUUACAUGUCAAAUAUUGGUAACUGAAGAUGAUUUGAACUUUGAUUCAUGGAAAGGAGAAACAACCAAAUACAAUUCUGGUCGUGCAGUUAGCAAAUCAGCAUGCAUCGAUAAGGCAAAGUCACUCAUAGAGAGGUUACGAUCAAAGGUAUUGCAAGAAAUAUCAAAUUUCUCUCAUGAUGGUAAAAACUAUACUUAUGACAUUGGAAAUUCUGUUGUUGAUUUCAUAACCAUGCAACUAUCGGAAUUAGACGAAGUUACUUUCAAAGACAGAGGAAGAUUUCGGGUAACCACACGUAUUCUCUUGUCAGUUGUACCAGAGUUAAAAAGGUUGAAAGAAAAGUACUUUCAGGAGAAUGAUCUGAGAUCAUACAUUGAGACUCAAAAAGACAGGCUGUGGCAAAUGUUUAGAGAUGAAUGUACGACGGCAGAAAUAAGCACCAAAGCAGCAUCCACAAUAUCUCGAGCAUUGGAAAUUGCUAUUACUUCAUCCCUUCCAAAUCAAUGUGAAACCGCAGUGAUCAAUUAUUUGCGCAAUAAUACUCAAUCAUUUGCCAAUAAGAUGUCAUUCCAUGCGCAGAUGUUGAUUGACUUGGCAGAGAGACGUGAUUUCAACUGUUAUCGAAAGUAUUUAUCAAAACCUCACCAAUAUAUGAGAACAUAUAUUGAAGAACGUAUACAACACCUGUGUUUACACGAAAUAAGAGAAGAAAAUAUCCCGAUUUUGCAAGAAAUAUAUUGUGAGAAAUUAGACUACCUUUUUGCAGAAGCAGAAAGAGCAAUAAGUGCAACAUGUACACCUUCUAAAAAAAAAUGCAAGAUUAGCAAAUUGUGGCCUAAAUUACUCAGCAAUAUCGGUAAUAAUUUGGAUGUUGAAAAGGAAUUAAGAUAUUUUAACGAAGAUUGUAGCCUUAAAUUAGAAGAUCUUAAAAGGAUGUUACUAACUGGGUUAAGGAAAUCUAAGGAAGAACUCACGAAAGCCUAUAAUGGGCACAACAUUUUACUUGUCAUUCUCUCAGAAUGUCAACAGUUUUUUGAAAAAGACCUUCUUGGUUGCAGGGAAUUGUGCCCAUUUUGCAAAGCACCAUGUGACCUUCAAGCUGGUGACAGAUAUGACGACCAUCGUACAGAGUACCAUCGACCACAAGGAGUGUUUGGGUAUUAUUUAGAAGACACUAAACAACUCGUUACGAGCGUAUGCACAUCAAGUAUCAUGUCAGAUGAUACAUUCAGAAAUGAAGACACUUUAGGUAAACAUCACCCUUUUAAAAAAUACCAAACUGUUAAUAAAUUCUACAACGCAUGGAAGAUUCAGCCAGUUGAAAUUGAGUCUCAGUUGUACUGGAAGUGGUUUAUGGUAAACUACAAUAAGAUACUUGCUGAUUACUAUGGUGUAAAGAAAGCAGAUAUUCCAAAUGAAUGGAAGAAAAUCAGCUGGGAAUCAGCAAAGGAAGCCAUGAUUAAAACGUAUAAUCUAUAA